AUGCAGAUCAUCUCUGUAGCGAGGUCGCUCCUCGCCGCCGCCGUUGCCUUCCAGGUCGCCGCCGCACACAACAUCGUCCUGCCGUCCCACGGCCUCGAAUGCUUCCACGAGAACCUCCGCAAGGAUGACAAGAUGACUGUUACCUUCCAGGUUGGCGAUCGCGAGUUCGGCAGCGCAGGCAACCUCGAUAUUGACUUCUGGAUCACCAACCCUAGCGGCCAAUACGAAAUCAACGAGCGCUCCAUCUCCAACGGCGACCACUCCUAUACCGCCCUCCAUGACGGCAAAUACACCUACUGCUUCGGCAACCAGCACUGGGGCGCCAACAGCAAGGAGGUCUCGUUCAACGUCCACGGCGUAGUCUACGUCAGCGAAAGCGAAUACCCCGUCGACCCCCUCGAGGCCGAAGUCCGUAAACUCUCCGAUCUCCUGGCCCAGGUCAAGGAUGAGCAGCAGUAUAUCGUUAUGCGUGAGCGCACCCACCGUAACACCGCCGAGUCCACAAACGCCCGUGUCAAGUGGUGGAACAUCUUCGUCAUCGGCCUCGUCGUUGGCGAGUCUGCCUUCCAGGUCUGGUGGCUGCGCCGCUUCUUCGAGGUGAAGCGUGUUGUUUAA